GGUCGUCAGUGCGCAUGCUUAAAGCUGUCGUUGAUGUUCACUCAGCACAUCUCCUUUGGAUUGAAAUUUAAACAAGGAGCUCGGCCAAACGUUGAAAAAGUCAGGUGUAAACAUCAUUGGCUGAUUCUUCGCACACUGGGACAUUAGCAGGUUAAAUCUGUCAUAUUGCUUGGUUGACCAGUUAGUUCCAGCUUUCGAAUGUUUCUCCAAACAUGAAAAACAAACUAAGGAUGGCCCCACAGUACCAGAUGAACGCUUCUCUGAAGUCAGAGAUACGGAAGUUAAAUGUGGUCCACUUUCUCAUCUGGCUGCUGGUGGCCGCGCAAGUGACCGUCAGCCACUUCAACAUUGUGUCACAGGACACUGUGUCCAUGCCGUACCAGUGGGAGUACCCCUACUUGCUCAGCAUCUUCCCUCUGCUCUUCAGCAGCCUGUCCCUCCCAAAGAACAACAUCAGCUACCUGGUCCUGUCAAUGAUCAGUGCAGGGCUCUUCUCUUUUGCACCUCUUAUAUAUGGUGGCAUGGAGAUGUUUCCUGUAGCAAAGCAGCUCUUCCGUCAAGGAAAAGCCUUCCGCUUCAUUUUUGGCUGCUCUGCAGUGACUGCUGCGUACAUCGUUAUAGUGGUUGCUGCUCAAGUGCAUGGCUGGCAGUUGUACUACAUGAAAAAACUGCUGGAUUCAUGGUUUGAUGCUACUCAAGAGAAGAAGAACAAAUAAUGGAGGUUUUUUUUUUUAAUCUGUGAAUGGACAAAACUCUUGUUUUUCAUUUUCUUUUCUUUUAUACGUGAGUUCUGUCUCCUUAGUCUUCAUGAUUAUGUAAUAUGAUUCAUCCUGCAUCCCUGAUUUUAAUUUAAAGCUAAUGAUUGUUCAUUUCAAUAAACUUAUUUAUUUAAAGCAGCAGAUUGAUUUCUUGCACACACAGUUAGGUUGGGAUUGGGAUCCAAAGCACCAGCGAUAAAAAUGGAGUCCAGUCACUGUGAAUUCAGCCCUUCUCCAAUCAAAGAAAAAAGAAUAAUGUUGGUGUCUCUCUCAAAAAGUCUUCCUAUGAUUUAAAGAAAAUGUGAAGUUCAUACUUACAGUAUUGAAGCAAUUAUUCAUACACACACACACUUACAAACUGUUAAACUAUAUGCUUUGCCAUGUGUUUAUUUGUUCAGUAUGUUAAGUCUACCUCUUAUGAUAUUUGUUUGGUUUUUGUAAUGGGCGCAUUCACAGUAUCUGCAUGCACUGCUGUUUUUAAGAUAUUCUCUUGCAGCACGAGAACACCAGCUUCGCUUUACUGCAGACUCUGUGCGUGCUUAGCUAUCCAGUGUUCAAAAGAUAAAUAAAUAAACGCUAUUCAACAUGAUGGCUGAAAUUCUGUGAACGCUCUCAACGCACUUUGUUCCAGUCGGUCUGCGGCUGCGCACACUGAAUGCCACGUACUGGUUGACGUUGACAGUCUGGAGGACACUUCCUGAUGCUGCUGCCCGGGUCUAGCUAGGCUAGCUAAUAGAUUAGAUUUUCACGGUUUGGGGAAACCCGUGAAAUACAUCGUGGUCAAGUCGUCUGGUUCAGUGCUGGGAGCAGAA